CUGUAUGAAAAAUUCUAUAAUAAAAGGUGGAAGUCCAAAUGGAAAGUGUAGAAACAAAGACUUCAUCAAUGCCAGCCUGCCUUUGUGGAUCUCUUCCUUUUCUUCUCCUUCUUCUUCUUUAUUCCCUCUCUUGACAAAUUCUUCGAUGUUGGAAUGAAAUGGAAACAAGACAUUUCAUUUCAUUUCUAAGCUCUGGGUUUGUUUUUUCUUGUUCGUAAUAAACAAUAUAAUAGUACUUAAAUCAAGAAACAAGAAACUAAAACCGAUUGGUAUAGCGGCAUUUUGAUGUGCUUUAAUGGGGAAGUCAAACAAGUGUAAAGCCAAGAAGCAGUCGUACAUUUCUGUUCCGUCUCAGAUAAUCACCUCGCUUUCUUCCUCUUCUCUCCAAUCUCUCCUCCUUUCUCCAAAGAAGGCACACCUCAACAGCAGCUUCUUUGUCGGCCACAACUACUCAUGCAGACGCCCCAGGGUGUGCUUGUCGGCUCUCUUUCUCUUUGUUCUUGUUGGCUUGUUGAGGUUGGGCUGGAACGUUAACACUUUGGUUCUAUGUUCCCAAAGUUUCGGUUCCAACACUGGCAAAGUUGGUGAAAGAGACCACCAAGUCUUGGUUACCAGCCAAUUACAUAGUCCUCGGCCUUUGCAUUUGGAAAGUGAGUUUUGGAAGCAGCCUGAUGGGAUGGGUUACAGGCCCUGUUUGGAGCUUUCUGCUAAGUAUAGAAAAGCAAGGGAGGCCAUUUUGAAUGGCAGAAGCAAGUACUUGCUGGUGGUGGUUUCGGGUGGCAUGAAUCAACAGAGGAAUCAGAUUGUGGAUGCUGUUGUUAUUGCUAGGAUUCUCGGUGCUGCUUUGGUUGUUCCCGUCUUGCAAGUCAAUAUCAUCUGGGGUGAUGAGAGUGAAUUUUCUGAUAUAUUCGAUUUGGGUCAUUUCAAGAGAGUUCUAGCCGAUGAUGUACGUAUUCUAUCCUCAUUGCCUUCUACACAUGUAAUGACAAGGCCAGUAGUGGAGAACCGUACUCCACUUCAUGUCUCACCUCAAUGGAUUCGUUCACGGUAUCUCAAGCGGAUAAACAAGGAAGGACUUUUGCUUUUACGAGGUCUGGAUUCUAGGCUUUCUAAAGGUCUUCCUCCUGAUCUUCAAAAGCUUCGCUGCAAGGUGGCAUUUCAAGCAUUAAGAUUUGCUCCGCCGAUCCUGGAACUCGGUAACAAGCUCGCUCGGAGAAUGCAGAGCAAGGGACCAUACCUUGCUCUUCAUCUUCGAAUCGAGAAGGAUGUAUGGGUGAGAACUGGUUGUCUUCCAGGCUUGAGUAAGGAAUAUGAUGAGAUAGUCCACAAUGAAAGGAGAAGACACCCUGAAUUUCUUACUGCAAAAUCAAACCUGAGUUACCAUGAAAGAAAACUUGCAGGGCUAUGCCCCUUGAAUGCUUUUGAAGUGACUAGGCUGCUUAAAGCUCUGGGGGCGCCCAGGAGUGCUAGAAUAUACUGGGCUGGAGGGCGACCACUGGGCGGAAAGGAAGCCUUGUCACCAUUAACCAGAGAAUUUCCCCAUUUCUACAAUAAGGAAGGUCUUGCAUUGCCUGGUGAACUAGAACCAUUUGCUAAUAAGGCUUCUUUUAUGGCAGCCAUUGACUAUAUAGUUUCUGAGAAAAGUGAUGUUUUCAUGGCCUCCCAUGGUGGAAAUAUGGGCCACGCCAUUCAGGGACAAAGAGCAUAUGCAGGGCAUAAAAAGUACAUAACUCCAAAUAAAAGACACAUGCUCCCAUAUUUUGUGAACUCAUCUCUCCCAGAAGCAGAGUUCAACAGGAUCAUAAAAGAGUUGCACCAAGAAUCUUUAGGACAGCCGGAACUGAGAAGCAGCAAAGCUGGAAGGGAUGUAACCAAGUAUCCAGUUCCAGAAUGCAUGUGCAAGCGCAACAAAACUACAUAAACCCACUCAAGGCUAGGAGGCUUUUCAACAUGAACAUGAUACUCGCAUUGCUUCACGCAGAAUCGAGAGCCCUUUCAAAAGUUGAUAGUCAUUAUGAUGAAUCAGGAUUCUUUUAAUUUGGAGCGGCAGAGCGUUAAUUCAAGAGCGGUUGCUUAUGCAUUUUUUUUUGGUUGCAUGGUAGGUACACUGUGUUUGCAUUGCAUAUGUUGUGUGCUUAAUGUAUUCAAAGCAGUGUAGAUAGAUAGAUAGAUAGAUAUCUACUCAUGGGAAUACAUUUUUUUUUUAUUCUUUAUAGGAAAAUGUUUUUCUUAUAA